UCUGCCUUUUUUUGAUACAUAGAUAUCUCCUUUGAGGCUGCCCCUUCUAAUUCCUCCCACCAGGAUACACGGUGUUGAAAAAUGUCGACGCUUUGGGUGCUGCUAAUCCUCAUGACCUCGUUGUCUUCAAUUUCUGCAAAACCACAACUUGGUGGACCAAGGUUUAAUGCUGAGAAGACCUACAAAUACAGUUAUACCAUGGAGAUACAGUUAGACAGAGGUAGAGGAAUGGACGAAGAGAGUGCCGGAUUUAAAAUUGCAUCCAGCAUCAACGUUGACUUGCUGUGGCGGAACUCAAGCAACGAAGGAGAUCAGCUUAUCAGAAUUACGAUAACUGAUGUCAACUUUGAAAAUGUGAGUGAACGAACGGAUGACAAAAACAUCUUUAAAGACUCUACAGGAGGAGGGAUUCUGGGAAAGAGCAAUCUGGCAGCUUUGAAGAGCCCAGUCCUCAUCCACUGGAUUAAUGGGAAGGUGAAGACCUUUUAUUCAUUUUCUAACGAACCGUUGAUAAUCCAGAACAUCAAGAGAGGCCUCACCAGCCUGUUCCAAGUACAGCUCACAACGACCAGUCAGACCGAGGUUGACAUCUCUGGGAAGUGCAAGGUGAAUUACCAGGCCCAUGACAACAAGGUGACCAAAGUGAAAUUAUUGGACAGUUGCAAAGGAGUUCAGAGAGGAUUCACCAGUCACAGCAAGGUAUUAGGAGUCAAUACAACAUCAACAUCAGCUAGCAUUUAUCUACUGGAGAAGAAUCUCAUUCGUUCUGUACUGUCUGAGGAACAUAUCCUGGUUUCACUCAAUCUACGGCAAGAAUUGGCAGCCAAAGUUUUAUCGACACAGAGGUUGGAGUUUCAGUUGACAAAGACGGGACCUAAACAAAUCCAAGCAGAACAAAUUAGCAGUGUUGUUAAUCAUGUGAAUCCGGAAUUUGUGUCCAUCCCUCUGACCUCAGCAGCUGUCAAAGCAACGUGCAAAGGUUGCCCUUCACUUAUUGACUAUUGGAAGACCAUACGGGAAGAACUGGAGCCUGAGAACCUUGCAAAAGCCUCUGCCACCAGGAGUUUCCUAUUGCUGGUUCAGGCUUUGAGAAAAGCCAAGAAGGAAGAUAUCCUGAAAGUCCUGAGAAGUGAGAAUGACAGCACACUUCCACAGCUAGUUGAUGCUGUGACCUCAGCUCAGACCACAGCUUCAUUGGCAGCGAUGUUGGAGUUCUUAGAUUUCGGAAAUGACAGUAGCACCAUCUUACAGGAAAGGUUUCUGUAUGCUUGUGGCUUUGCUUCUCACCCCACUGAGGAAUUAUUGAAAGCGGUAAUGGAUAAACUUAAUGGAAAUAUCAGGAGCAAUGAUAUCCGAGAAACAAUUGUGAUUAUCAUCGGGGCGCUCAUCAGGAAAUUCUGCCAGAAAGGACAGUGUGAACUGCCGACUGUGAUCAAAGCGAAAAAAAUGAUCCUUGAUGGUGCAGAAUCAGCAAAAAAGGAAUCUGAAAUUGAGAUGUACAUCUUAUCUUUGAAGAAUUCUCUUCUCCCUGAUGCUAUUCCUAUUUUACUGAAGCACGCAGAGUUUGGAACUGGACCCAUCAGCAAUAUUGCUGUAUCAACUAUCCAGAAAUAUGAACGAGCAUACAUCACAAAGGAGGUAAAAAAGACAAUGAACAGGAUCUACCAUCAGAACCAAAGGAUCCAUGAGAAGACGGUGCGGACAUCUGCUGCUGACAUUAUCUUUAACAACAACCCAUCGUACAUGGAUGUUAAAAACAUUCUGCUCUCCAUUGGUGAGCUACCAGCUGAAAUGAGCAAAUACCUGCUCUCAAAGAUUCAGGAUAUUCUACGGUUUAAACUUCCUGGCAGUGAAAUGAUACGGAAGGUUCUAAAGGAUACUGUUGUCCACAACUAUGACCGUUUCUCCAAGAUUGGCUCCUCAUCAGCCUACUCAGGAUACAUGAAACAGGGGACUGAUUCAUCAUCUACCUACAGUCUGGACAUCCUGUACUCGGGAUCUGGCAUCCUUAGGAAAAGCAACAUGAACAUUUUUAUCUUCAGCCAGGAGACAGAGCUGCAAGCUACCCAGGUUGUGAUUGAAGCCCAGGGUUUAGAGUCUCUUAUAGCUGCAAAGGCCGAUGAAGGUGAGGGCGACCUUGAGUCACUGGCUGGAAUGUCUGCGGUACUGUUUGAUGUCCAGCUUAAGCCAGUCACCUUCUUCCGAGGUUACAGCGACUUAAUGGCUAAGAUGUUCACAGCAACUGGAGAGCCAAUGAAUGUGGUCAAAGGCCUUAUUCUGCUUGUUGAUCAUGUCCAGAACUUCCAGCUGCAGUCUGGACUGAAAGCAACAGUGGAAUUCCAAGGAGGAUUGGCCAUUGAUAUCUCUGGUGGGAUGGAUUUCAGCCUGUGGUACCAGGAAUCUAAAACCACUGUCACCAACAGGGGUGCAGUGGUUGUUGUUGGUAACAUCACGGUGGAUUCUUUGUUCAUUAAGAGUGGCGUCGAGGUGAGUGUGGAAACUGAGGCAGUACUCGAUUUCAUCUCGACUGUGAAGUUCUCUGAAUACCCAUUCCUGGUCUGUAUGCAGAUGGUCAAAGACGGGUUUCCAUUCCGGCAAUAUGUGACCAAAUAUGAAAGCUUGCCAUCAGGAAAAUCGUAUGUUUCUCGGAAAGGAAGGGAAAUGCUGAUGGCUGGGUCGGAAUUCCCUCUCCACCAGGAGAACUCUAUCAUGUGCAAGAAGCUGUUUGCGAAGGAUUCGGACUCAGCGGAGUGGUUCUGA